AUGUCACGUAAUCCCGCUGCAGGUUUGGAAAAUACUUUGUUCCAAUUAAAAUUCACUUCAAAGCAACUACAAAAGCAAGCACAAAAGGCAGCUAAAGAAGAAAAGACAGAAACAAAUAAACUAAAGAAGGCAUUGAAUGAAAAUGAAGAAAUAGCUAGGAUAUAUGCCUCUAACGCUAUAAGGAAAAAGAAUGAAAGAUUACAGUUAUUAAAAUUGGCUUCGAGAGUGGAUUCUGUCUCUUCAAGGGUUCAAACGGCAGUGACUAUGAGACAAGUCUCUAGUUCCAUGGCACAAGUUUGUAAGGGGAUGGAAAAGGCUCUAGCAAAUAUGAAUUUACAACAGAUAACAAUGGUGAUGGACAAGUUCGAGCAACAGUUUGAAGAUUUAGACACCAGUGUUAAUGUAUAUGAGGAUAUGGGUGUAAAUUCCGAUGCUAUGAUGGUGGACAAUGAUAAAGUUGAUGAGUUAAUGGGUAAAGUCGCUGAUGAAAACGGCUUAGAAUUUAAGCAAAGCGCCAAGUUAGAUAACCUUCCAGAAAUAGAAAAACCACAAGCAGUUUCAGAGGAAAAAGAAGACAAACUUGCGGAGAGAUUGAGAGCCUUGCGUAGUUGA